AUGUGGUCUAGAUUAGUGCGCCGUAGGGCGCUCUUUUCAAUAAGAAGCCAAUUUACCUCUACAACUAGGAAUCAAAUCCAAAGGCGGACGCUAGUCUCGGCGCCCAAGCCCGGCGAUGGCCCUCUCAUGGAGAGACGUCCAGACCGGGAACUCCCAAACAUAAAUACAUUCAAAUGGGGCCGCACGUUCCCGGUCUUCCUGGCGAUCAUCGCCGCGUCGAGCGUCGCCAUCUUCAACUACCAGAAGCUGUCGAGCCCGGUGGUGGCGUCGACGCUGUACGCGCUGCGGACGAACGCGAAGGCGCGCGAGUACCUGGGCGACGAGAUCUACUUCAAGCACCAGAUCCCGUGGAUCUCGGGCCAGAUGAACCAGCUGCGCGGCCGCAUCGACAUCCGCUUCCCCGUCAAGGGCACCCGCGCCACCGCCGUCAUGCGCUUCACGAGCGCCCGCCCCACGCCCCGCGGCGUCUUCGAGACCACCGAGUGGAGCCUCGAGAGGCCCGACGGCUCCAAGAUCGACCUGCUGGACGGGAACGACCCGUUCAAGGCCAUCGCGGCCUUCCCGAUGGAUGAGGACGAGCGGGAGGAGGCGACGAGGGGGUUUAGACAGCAGCUUAAGUGA